AUUAUUUUAUGUAUGCUCCCGAGGAGAAUAGUUUGAACGCAAUGAACGGCCUUACGGUUGAGGAGAGAAAGGCAUUAGGAAGAAAAUAUUUAGAAACUGUCGUGGAAGACGUGCAAAAGACGCGAGAAGGAAUCAAGGCUUACAUACACAAGACUGCUUUGUACAAAUCCUUGUGGUUGAGCGAUGAGACUAUGGGAAAUAAUGUAUACCUGAAAAUGGAAAGUGAACAGGUAACUGGCUCGUUCAAAGCAAGAGGUGCAUUUAACAAGAUCAGAAUCGUCAAACUGAACAACAAAACCUUACCAGAAGAAAAACAGUACAGCAUUACUACUGCAUCAUCCGGUAACCAUGGACUGGCUUGUGCACUUGCAAUGAGAACGCUUGGUGUACAAGGAAAGAUAUUUGUACCUGAAUGUGCAAGUGAAGCCAAGAUGGAAGCAAUAAAAAAAUAUGGCGGCAAUUUGGAAAUGUUUGGUGAUGAUUGUAUAAAGGCUGAGGGCCGUGCUAAACAGAUUGCACAAGAAAGUGGUCACAUGGUCUACAUAUCUCCUUAUAACGACAUUCAAGUUGUUCAUGGUCAAGCCACAAUAGGAUUAGAAAUUCUUGAAGAUUUACCUGCUGUGGAUUCAGUUUUUAUUUCUGUCGGAGGAGGAGGACUCAUUUCUGGCAUUUCAACUUACAUGAAAGCCAUUAAGCCUUCUGUUAAGAUAAUUGGCUGCCAACCCAUAAAUUCUUGUGUCAUGUAUGAAUCCUACAAAGCAAGAAAAAUCCUUGAUAUUCCAUCUCUGGCUACUUUGUCGGAUGGUACAUCCGGGGGUGUUGACCCUGAAGCUUUCACGUUUGAUUUGUGUUGCGAAUUUGUUGAUAAAUGGGUUUUGGUGUCCGAAGAUGAAAUCUCCGAGGCUAUGCUUUUCAUGUUACAGAAAGAACACAAGUUGGUUGAGGGUGCUGCUGCUGUGUGUGUUGCCGCUUAUAAAAAGGAGAAAGAAAAUCACAGAGGGGAGAAUAUUGUACUAUUGAUGUGUGGGGGAAAUGUUGGACUUGAUGUUGUUAAGAAUAUUAUUGAGACAAACAGCUUCAAAGACAGUAAAAUAGCUAUCUAAGAAAAAUAUCUGGAAUCCAAUACU